AUCACCAACGGCCUAGCACAGACUCCACCGAUGGGAUGGAGCUCUUGGAACAACUUUGGACCCGACAUCAACGAGACGCUCAUCAAGAAUACCAUUGACGCUCUUGAGAAGACGGGCCUAAAAGACGCGGGAUACAUCUACGUCAAUCUUGAUGAUGGCUGGCAACGCUACAAAGGGUCGCGAGAAGAGCAUCCGCUUGAAGUCGAUCCUGUCAAGUUUCCGAACGGAAUGAAAGCUCUCGCCGACUAUGCUCACUCGAAAGGCUUCAAGCUGGGUAUCUACAGUGGGCCUGGUGUCGAUACAUGUGCGGGAUUUACCGGAUCAGAAGGUCAUGCAGAAGAGGACGCAAGGACAUUUGCUUCGUGGGGAAUCGACCACCUCAAGUACGACAGUUGCUGUUCGCACGGUACGGCGCCGCAGUCCGAAGUCCAGCAGGUCAUGCUUGACAUGAGCAAGGCGCUCAUAGCCACGAACCAUUCGACCAUCUUCCACGCAUGUCACUGCGGGUGGGCCAACGUAUGGGAGUGGGCGGCCGAAGAGGGAGCCAACCACUGGCGCAUCGGACAGGACAUUUCCGACGACUUCAACUACCCAGGCAACCGCGAGAAGUAUUACUUCGAUGUGCUCGAUAUGUUCGAUCGCGGCAAUACCCUCACGGAGUACUCUAGACCGGGCCACUGGAACGACUACGACAUGCUGAUCGUGGGCCUCAACGGUGAGAGCAAGCAACUCGUUGGCAGCGGCCUCAGCAACAUCGAAUACCGCACGCACUUCAGUCUAUGGUCCAUCGUCAACUCACCGCUCCUCAUUGGCGCCAACAUCAACAAGCUCAGCUCCUACGACCUCGAAACGCUCACCAACAAGGAGAUCAUCGAACUGAAUCAAGACCCACUCGGCCAGCCCGCAUCCCUGCAGUGGCAGAACGAGAACGGAACGUUGCAGAUAUACGCCAAGCAGAUGAAGGACGAGAGUCUCGCGAUUGCGCUGCUGAACCGUGGCAGCACGACCGCAGACAUCACAGUCGACAUGAGGAGGGAUCUCACCGUUCCUUGGGAUGUGUAUCGAUUGAGAGAUCUUUGGAAGCACAAGGAUUUGGGACCGUACGAUAUCCCUUACACGACUGAAGUCCGGUCACAUGAGGCGAAGAUUUACAGAGUCUGGAAGGUCGCCUGCACAAUUGGAUGUUGAUGGUAUUAAUGUUUUUAUGGGACAUCCAUCAAUUCUGAUGAUGUCAAAAUAGCCCGAGGAACCGUUAAUUGGUAGAAUCGUUGCUGAAUUGGCAUGCGACGAGUAGAGAAGUGAUGAGAAGGUGUUGCCCACAUGCCGCUCACUCUAAUUCAUGUAUUUGUUAC